GGCGGCCGCGGGCCUGAGCUGCGCGGGAAGCCGCCCGCGGCCCAGCCUUGGCCUGCCGCCCGCCAUGGAGGACGAGCUCUACCUCGAGAACAUCGACGAGUUCGUCACCGACCAGAACCGCAUCGUAACGUACAAGUGGCUGAGCUAUACCCUGGGAGUUCAUGUCAACCAGGCUAAACAGAUGCUCUAUGAUUAUGUGGAGAGGAAACGAAAGGAGAAUUCAGGAGCUCAGCUUCAUGUCACCUACUUAGUAGCUGGAAACCUCAUCCAGAAUGGACACGUGUGCCACAAGGUUGCAGUAGUGAGAGAGGACCAACUCGAAGCAAUGAAGUCUAAACUAUCCACAAUUGCAAGCGUGCAUGUCUACAGCAUUCAGAAAGCUCUGCUCAAGGACAGUGGACCCCUCUACAACACAGACUAUGAUAUUGUCAAAACAAACCUGCACAACUGCAGCAAGUUUAGUGCCAUUCGAUGUGAUGCUGCAGUCCCCAGGCCGGUGGUUGAAGUCGCUCCAGCGCAGACGUCUGUGCAGGAUGGUUCCCAGACCAAAAGUGACAGGAGUGCUGCCAGUGUCCCUGCAGUCAAUGGCCGUGGACCAUCGAGUGCUAAACCAACCACACAGCAGCCCAAAGGGAUCAUGGGAAUGUUUGCAGCAAAAGCAGCUUCCAAAUCCCAGGACACAAAUAAAGAAACUAAAGUGGAGUCUAAGGAAGCCCCAAGUGUGUCUGCGACGAGCAGCAAACCACCAGCAAAGGGCAACAUAAUGAACAACUUCUUUGGAAAAGCUGCCAUGAAUAAACUCAAAGUCAGCUCUGUGCCUGAGCAGCCAAAGGAAGAGAAGGAAGUCAUCACGCCUUCGGUUCCUGAAGCAGCACCAGAGUCAUCCCUUAAUACUGUUGUAGAGAAGCCUGGGAAGAAAACAGAACCUGCUAGAAAUCAACAGAAGGACAAAAAAAGUAAAAUGAAGAGGGUGGACAAGUCGGAUAAUGAGGAAGAAAGAGAACCUGAAAAUGUAAAGAAGAAAAGGAAGCGAAUCAAACAGCUUCAGUCUGACAGCAGUGAUGAGGAAGCAGGUAUCCCACCACCUCCUACACCUGAGGAAGAGAAACCUCCAUCUCCACCUCCCGUACCUACCCUAAAAACUGAACUGGAGCCUGCAUCCACAGAGGUUUCAGCUGGAGGGAGGAAGAGGAAACGGAAGCGUGUGCUGAAAUCCAAGAUGUUCAUUGAUGAUGAAGAAGGCUGCAUGGUGACUGAGAAGGUUUAUGAGAGCGAAUCCUGCACAGAUAGCGACGAUGACUUCAAGACCAAGCCACCCGCUGCACCCAAACAGCCUGUGCUGCCUCUGAAGAAAGAACCAAAAGAAGAAAGGAAGAACGUGAAGAAAGGGGUGGCUGCUGCCAGCAGAGCCAGCAAGCAGGUCUCCAUCAUGGGCUUUUUCCAGAAGAAAUGAACUGGGUCUUUCUCCUGGUCCUCUUGGGACCGUUGCUCUUCUUGUGCAGCGUUCUGCAAGCUGCUGCAGGGGACGAGGACGACAUGCAAUCUUCACUUACGUAAGAUAUCUUGCUUACUGUGUAAGUAAGCCCUCUGGACUAGAUUUUGUAUCAGAGAAAAGUGUAAUUCCUCACUGCAGUAACUUGAAUCCUCUUUACUGAGUGUGGGAAGCACCAGUUAGAAGCAAAAUCUAGAGGAACUCUUGAAAGACUCCCCAUUUAUCCCAUUAAAAUCUUAUGCUUUUUUAAUAAUGGCCUUUUACCUGCUUGGUGCUGAGGCCUCUUCCACAGUGGAGCAAAACAAAGAGUUGAGUUGUGGCAUUCUUUUCCCCCUUCUUUUUUACACCCCCAGUUCUCCCGAUUGAUGUAAAUGGUCACAUUGGUUCGAAGCUGUAACGUAACCGGUCUUGAGACAUACCCACAAAUACUGAACAUCUGCUUCAGCUUUAACUGAAUGAAAUGAACUUGAUUUUCCCCUAAAGACUGGUAAAUAGUUUUUGCUCUGCCUUUCAUAAUCUUUUUUUGGACAAAGCAGCCCAUAUAAAACUCUCUUACUCUUUU